AUGACCGUUGCAUUUUUUGAACUGUUGCUUGUCACUGUAGAUAUAAGGAUUCUCUCUAUUGUCUUUGAUUUGAAAGAUGCUCACAAGGACCCUAUAUUUGGAAUAUGGGAUAGGGAGCUUGCAAGGACAAGGGAUGAGGAGCCACUUGGAGUUGCUCAGACAAACGCUCUUGUAGGGACUUUGAUUAUUCAGUCACCGGGGUCACAGCGCAAGACGGCGAGCUACGAGUUCAGCACCGGCUCCCUCCGCACCUUCAUACUCGACAAGGUCCUGCGCGCGGCCGAAGAGAGGUUGAUCCCUCUGCUGCAGACGGCAAGCGUCGAGGGAGGGGCUGUUGAUCUCCAAGACGUGCUCGAGAGGUUCGCAUUCGAUAAUAUCUGCUCGAUAGCUCUUGAACGUGAUCCAGAUUGCCUUUCGAAAGCGAGCGAGAGCGGAGAGAGACUCUACCGCGCGUUUGAGGACGCGGGCUACCUCAGCGUGGAAAGGGCCAAGCUCCCCUUUCCCCUCAUAUGGAAGUUCAGGAAGUUACUUAACAUCGGAUCGGAGAAGAAACUGAGGGAGUCCAUGUCGACAAUCCACGAGCAUUUCACCGACUGUAUCCGCAGGCCGACGGGGUCCGAAGAGAAAGGGGGCUUCUUAUCGAAGUUCAGGAAAGACGGAGCAAACUCGGACGAGCUUAUCCGUGAUAUGCUGAUAAACUUUGUGAUUGCAGGCCGCGACACGACCCCUUCGGCGCUCACCUGGUUCUUUUGGCAAGUAUCUUCAAGACCGGAUGUAAUCGGUAGGAUUCGGGAGGAGAUUAGACUUAUCAGAGCAAGCCGGGAAAUCAGUCGAUCUUUCACAUUCGAGAUGAUUCAGGAGUUGAAUUACCUACAAGCAGCAAUCUCAGAGUCAAUGAGGUUAUACCCUCCGAUAUGUCUGUUGACACGAGAGUGCGGGGCGGACGAUGCUCUACCCGAUGGGACUAUCGUGAAGAAAGGAUGGACGGUGAUGUACAGCCCGUUGGCGAUGGGGCGAACAAAGGGGAUAUGGGGGGAGGAUUGCUUGGAAUUUAAGCCUGAGAGAUGGUUGGUCGACGGGGUAUUCCGACCGAAGAGUGCGUUUGAGUAUACAGUGUUUCACACGGGGCCGAGGAUGUGUCCGGGGAGGGAGAUGGCUUUCCUGCAGAUGAAGAUCGUGGCAGCGAGCAUUUUGGAGAGGUUUGAGAUGGAGGUGGGAGAGGAGAGGGGGGAGCACCAGGUUCAUAUAGCGUUGAGAAUGGAAGGAGGAUUGCCUGUGAGAGUCAUGAAGAGAAGGGAUAGCAACGGUUGAUUAUUGAUGAGCAAUUUAAGGUAUUUUCCGUUGGGGUUAUUUGCAGACGUAGUUAUUUAGUGUAUUUUCGGGGAGAUUUAGUGAUAGGAUCGCAAGUGUAUUUUCUAAUAAAAAUAGAUCAAGGGCAGUGAUAGAGUAGUUUGAUCCUCUUAGCACUGGAGGUUUACCUACAACGAACAUAAAUGGGGUUUGGAGUAGGAUUUUGAUCGGGCGGAUCAAUGCUCGGCUCAAUUCAGCUGAAGUUUCUGUUGCAGACAAUGGCUUGCUUGGGGUAGUGAACUUUCGUACCCAAGAGUGAUCUUCAUCAAGGAGAUCCUCUCUCACCAUUGAUUUUUGUUUUAGUGGACGGUGGCCUGAGUCAUAUGAUUAAUAAUUGAAGAUGAACAAGUGCUCAGGGAUCGGAUCGGAAACCCAAAAUUGGUGACUUUCAGUCUCAUUUUCAAAUUCUAAGUUAAUAUUAUGAGAAUAAGAUCUUACCUUGUUUUAAUGUUGUGGUUGCAAUUUUGUUGAUUUUUGAGGAAUUUAGUGCCGAUUUAUGGGGGAAAAAAAUUGAAAUUUGUUA